GUCAACUAGUCAACGCGUCAACGGUUCAAAACAGCUGUCGAGCUGACAAACGCAAACAUAACCUCAAAUAAAUUAUUUUUAAAUUUUCAAAUGCGGAUUGCGAAUUAAUGCAAAACGUGACAAUUGGAACUAGUAAAAGGUUAUAUUAAGACUGCGAUUUGUGAUAAGUGCCUCAGUAAUAUUCCAAACAAGUGGUUGUUUAAGUACGAUGGCUAAAAUCGACUCAUAGGACCAUUUUUGUUCGACUACAACCUAAAAGGACAGAGGUACCUAGAGCAUUUGCGAAAACAUGUCUUGCCGGCUUCACCACCUAGUCUAAAAGAUGAGUUUAGAAGAACCUGGUUUCAAUUCAACCACCAUUCAAGUCAGGAACUUCAUAAGAGAGCAGUUUGAUGAAAGAAUAAUUUCAUUAAAUGGUUCAAUAUAUUGGCCUCCUGACGUUUCACCCUUGGAUUUCUACCUCUGGGAUCACACAAAGAAUGAGGAAAGGAAAGCAAGCAGCACUGAAACUCUAUUACUAAGAAAGAGGAAGGCAACCACAAAAGCAUCCACAAGUAAAGAGGAAUCAGAUGCAGAUUAUGAUGCUCCUGCCAACAAGAAAAAGAAGACAACCUCAAAGAAGAAAUCAGAAGUACAGAUGGAGAUUUCUACAAAAAAGAAGAAAGCUGUUAAUAAAAAAAUAAAAUCUGAAGCAUUGAACAGUAAAGUAAAAACUGAGCCCUCAACAUCACUGGCUGUAGGAAAAGAGAAUGUUUAUAUCAAAGAUGAGCUAUAUGCAGAUGUUAAGCCUGUGAAGUUUGAAUAUCUGAAGACCAAAUCGGAAACAGAUGACCGCAUCUUAGAACCAUUCUGGAGAGACCAUGAUCUUCUAGCUGAACAGAAAUCCUUAUCACCUAACAUAGCAAAAAAUGUCAUAAAGUUGCUAGAAGAAGGCAACACUGUCCCAUUCAUUGCAAGAUACAGACGCGACGCUACCGGCAAUAUGGGUCCAGAGAUGCUUCAAGAGGUAAAGAGCAUAUUUGAAGAGAUAUGCGUGUUGAAACAGAAGAUCAAAACCUCUGUGAAGGGGUUAAUCAAACAAGAAUAUUGCCAUGAUCAAGUUCUGAGGGCUGUCAAGUCUUGUAGGAGCUUGGAUGAACUUGAGAUCACGUACGCACCUUACAAGCAGGAUAGAAAAGGUACACUUGCUGAGAGGGCUAAAGAACUUGGCUUAGAGGAACCAGCAUUAAAACUUCUACAAAACACCGGAGUUGUCAAUUUGCAACGAUAUGUAACAAAAGAUCAUGAUAUUAAAGAAAUUGAGAGUGGUAUCGUCCAUAUAAUUGCAUACAAUAUAGCAGUUGAUAGUGAAAUGUUAACCUACAUUAGAGAACUGCGUUACAAGGAACGUAUCGUGUUAGAAUCAAAGAAGUCAAAGACGAAACAAACAGUAAGGUCUACGGACAAAAAUUUUCAAAAGCUCCCAAUCAAAAACGCUGAUGAAAGUAAAUUUGAGACUUAUUUUGAUUUCCAGAUACCAGUGAGAUAUGCAAAACCAUAUCAGGUUUUGGCAAUAAAUAGAGGGGAAAAACUAAAGUUUCUCGCAGUUAAAAUUGCUAUUCCUGAAUCUCUAUUUAUUAAAUUCCAGCAGUUUUGCUAUAGGAAGUGGAUUAAGCAAGGCCCCUACAAUGAGCUCAGAAAUAACCUUUUGAACGAGGCUAUCAAGGACUCUUACAAUAGAUUAGUAAAACCUUUGAUAACGCGCGAGAUCCGUACAGAACUAAAAAACAAAGCAGACAAAGCAUCAUAUGAUGUCUUCAGUGAAAAUCUAAAACACUUACUGAAGGAGCCCCCUUUGAAGGGGCAAGUAAUAUUGGGUAUUGACCCAGGAUUUGUAGGUGGAUGUAAAAUGGCUGUCAUCUCACAGACGGGAUUGGUGCUUAACUACAAUGUCAUAUACCCUCAUGGUAAAUUUAGUGAUCAAGAGACUGCUGGGAAGGUUUUGAGAGACAUGCUGCUAGAACACAGCUGUUCCUUGAUUGCUUUGGGAAACGGAAAAGCAAGUAGAGAAACUGAAGAAUUUAUCUGUGACAUGAUAAGACAUAAAUAUUUUUAUCCGCUAGAUGUAAAAUAUGUUAUUGUCAGCGAGGACGGGGCCUCAGUAUAUUCCUGCAGUCCUGAAGCUAAGAAAGAAUUUCCUAAUUUGGACACGAAUAUUAUUAGUGCAGUGUCUUUGGCCCGAAGACUGCAGGAUCCGUUGUCAGAAUUAGUGAAGAUAGAACCUCAUCAUCUUGGAAUAGGAAUGUACCAACAUGAUCUCAAGAAGAAAUCCAUAGAAGAGGCAUUGAAAGAAGUGGUGUCUGAAUGUGUCAGUUUUAUUGGUGUUGACCUCAAUACUGCGUCACACUCUUUAUUAAGACGAGUAGCUGGUUUAUCCGACAAGAGAGUAACCAACAUCCUCAAAUUUCGAGAAGAAAAUGGAUCGUUUUAUAACAGAGAGCAACUAAACAAAAUUAGUGGUAUCGGCCCGAAAGUAUUCAAACAGUGUGCAGGUUUUCUAAGAGUCGGUCCUACUGAUGCUAAGACAACCGAUAGAUUUUAUGAAAAGCCAAAAACCACAAAGCUAGAUUGCACUUACAUUCACCCUGAAUCAUACGACAUUGCCUUAAAUUUGAUGAAAAGACUAAAAAUACAACCUAUUGACAUCGGGCAAGAUGACUUCAUUCAGACUAUAAUAAGUUGUGAAAGUAGAGCAGAAGCUUUGACUGAGGAGUUGAAUUGCUCAUUGGAAACUAUCAAGCUAAUCAUAGAAGCCUUGAGCAAACCACUGAACUACGAUUUGCGUACCGAAAUACCACAGAGACAGAUCUUCAGAAGAGAAAUUGCAAAUAUCAACGAUCUGACAAUUGAUAGUGUGAUUACUGGAAGGGUUAGCAAUGUGACACAUUUUGGCUGUUUCGUGGACAUUGGAGUCGGAAAAAUGGGGUUGAUUCACGUUUCAAAGAUGAAUGGCUUGGUCUUGCAAGUAGGAGAUAAAGUCGAAAUCAGGGUUCUUGAUGUUGAUAUUGCCAAAGGAAGGAUUAGCUUACAAGCAUUGUCGUUGAUGAUGAAUGCGCUUGACUGAUAUUUAGUGAUAUUUUAUUUUUGCAUAAAAUUAUAAAGCAUGUGUUAUUAUGCUUUUUACUAGUAUGUACAUUAAUUAAAACGUUUUGUUUCAAUUACUUUUUAUCUUUAUUAAUAUACGUACAAAACUAAGCGAUUCAAGUUGCACAUACCUCUUUCAUUUUCUGGCCUCCAAAAAUACCGAAUUCCAACGUUGUAUUUGCGCUGAAGACAGUCUAAAAAGCAUUGGAUGUUCGGUAUUGAAUAGACAAGCCAUAAGUGAUAGGCUACCGAACAUAGUUACAUAUGGAAAAUGAACAUUCUCAUCUAAAAUGUAAAUAUGAAAAUAUUUAGAUUACGAAAUUAACGCUGGCCUAUUUAUUCUUCUUGCAACUUAUUUCAAUAGCUAUGAAAAGUAUUUCACCAGUAUUUAGUUUAACCACUUUCUGUAUCUAUACAAAACUGCAUUCUGGUCUAUAUCGGU